AUGAAUGCAGUCCGCAAGGGUAUCACACGACGAAGAGGCGCCUGCGAACCGUGCAAGGCGCGGAAGACUCGAUGUGAUGGCGGGAAUCCCUGCAUGCACUGUCGGAGCAGCUCCCAGAGGAAGGGUAGCUCGUGCACCUAUUCCCAAGCGCCUGCAUCAACAAGGUCCAUCUCCACCCCUUCGCGGCUCAGCCCUGCCUUGAGUUUGUUCGAGCUUGACACAGACCUGCCGAUACAGCAGUCAAUCAGCCCCCAGGGAUGGUUAGAUACCAUUGCUCCGGGAUCUUUGUACCUGUCCUGCUGGGAGCUUCCCGAUGUAUCAUGCAACCCUUGCCCGGACUGGUCGGUUGAUGGGUCGAUCCCACCAAGUCAAUCCAAAUCUGAGGCGAGCCCUGCUACCCUUCCUCCCCCUUACGGUGACCCAUCAGUGACCAGAUCCGACCAUGAGCAAAGGGUCGACAGAACCUUCUCUAUCCAGAUGCUGCAAAAGGAGUUUCAAACUCGCCAACUGACACCGGGCUUCGACAUUCCCUCACUUUAUUCCUACUCCCCUCUGCUCGACAAUGAUCAGCCACGUGUCGAAACAGUGAAACGAGCUGUAGACCUUCUCGACUGCGACAUUAUGGGCGAUGGGAAAACAUGUGAUAGAUUGCCUGACUGUCACAAACCAUCGCUGGGCCCGAUGCUCGAUAGUGAACCUCGAAUCAGUAGCUACAUUCAAGCAUGUUUUGAAUCAUCCUGUGCUAGUGUCAAGAUGUUCCUAAGUAUAGCAAGUGCCCAAGAGUGCGUGGACGCUGUGCUGAAGUCCGACUGCUCAGAUCGAGCCACAGUGGUGGUGGCCUAUGCCAUCCUGGCGUUGGGCUGCUACCUUGUAAGCAUACAGUCGGAUAUCCCAAGGGCCGUGGAAGGCAUAUCACGGGCCACUGGAUAUUUUCGACGGGCAUUGUCUGAACUGAAUCAUCUUUCGAUGGAUAAUGCGACCGUCCGGACGCUUCAGGGAAUCUUGAUCAUGAUCAUCUUCGCAGACAUGUCCGCUCAUCGCUCCAAAUUCCGUCUUGUUACCCUCGGUGUCCAGUGCGUGCAGGAUUUGGGGCUUCACAGCUCUCGACGUCUGCGCCAGAUUUGCACCGGGACGGACGAAGAAUUGCUCAAGAAUGCCUUCUGGGCUCUCUAUGCUAUUGAAAAGGCCGACGCGAUCGACACAGGCCGAGGUUCGAUCAUGUGCGACAAGUUCACCGACCAUUCACCCAGUGAGGUGCUUCAGCACCCAGACGAAGCGCGGUUAAUGCUUCAAUGCUUGUACGGGCGUCUCUGCGAUCGUGUGGUAGAUUCGCUUUAUAGCCAGGCAGCCCUCCGAGCGACACGAGCUGACAUGUGCCGUCAAAUUGAAGAUGCAUAUUGCCUGAUCAACUCAUGGCUAAGGAUAUUCCAGACAUAUAACAAAUCGCUCGAUUUUCCUGAAGGACACUCCUCCUGCCUUGGGGAGCAGGCGGAGGCUGAGACCCAUUUGAGCUCCUACUUCCUUACCUUCCUCAUUCAUGGGAAAUGGCUCCACCUCGCGCAGCAGGGACUGGAUCCCGAGGAGACAGAGGCAUAUGAGCGCAGUGAAACACGAUGUCUCGCUGCUGCUCGAUCGGUCCUGGAACAAUGCAGCCAGCAGACCCAUGUUCAGAUGCUGGCGAACAUGAGGUUUUGUUCGCUUCCCAAAAUCGCAGCAUGCAUUCUCGUUCUUACGGGGCAGACAUGCGACCGAUUGGAUGAGGAGCGGAUGUACAUGCGCAUGGCGUGUGGAUUUUAUAGUCGUCUUGCCAUCUUCAUGCCGGUCCAGUUGAGCCCACUAAUGGAGCUGGUGGAUGGGAUGGAUGCAGCUACGUAGCGAUGAUCUUGAGACGGG